AUGACGAAUAUAAUACUCAGAUACUGUCACUUGUUGACUGAUUUUCUGCGGCAGAGCGAUCAUCUGGUGACUCCCAGUCCCCUGCGGUUGUCGGCGGGAGCACUGGAGCAGGAGCUAACACUACACCGCCGCCUUCUCGGUGGCUCUACACCGUGCACUCCCACCAUCGGCGUGGUGCGGGAACUGACCCGCAACGUGGAUCCGCAGGAGCACGAUCCGCAGCAUGUCUCCAUCGGCCCCUACCACCGGAAAAGGAGCCCCAACGUCUGGAGGUACAACGACAAGCUAGCAAGCCUCGAUGCCAUUCUUUCGGCGGCGACUCCUGCUAGGACGGUGGAGGCGUACAUCGCCGAGCUAGCUGCCGACGAGGUCCGUGCAAGGAGCUACUACGCCAACACGUUCGACGACAUGACGAGCGGGGAGUUCCUGCGCAUGCUGCUUCUCGACGCCUGCUACGUGCUCCACUGGUUCGGCAACGUCGUCGGCGUCUCCCAGAACGGGGCGCCAGCAGCCAAUGGCCACGUUCAGGGUGGCUACCACUACCAGCACCAGGCGGGCAGCGACAACAAGGAGGAGGUCCUCGCGGUGGUGCGCGACGUGUUCUACCUCGUGGAGAACCAGAUACCAUACUUCAUCCUCGACAAGGUCCACAAACUAACCUUUUCUGGUGGCACUAGCAGCGUUGUUCCACUUUCGGACACUAUCCCAGAAAACCUCUCCCAGUAUAUCCUGCAGAAGCAGCAGUACACGAUGGCAAGGAUCACGCUUCCGGCGGAGCCUGGCAACCUCCUGCACCUUGUGCACAUGCACUUCUUGAAGCCCACCUCUACCGUAAGUGUAGUAACCUCGUCACCAACCGGGCAGCAGCCAGUGGGAAGGUGGCGCACGGCAAUGGACUACUACAUCAGCGGCGUGAAUUUGAAGAGCCGCCCCGUCGGCGCCGGGUUAACGGAGGCCCGCUGCAUCCUGGACGUGACGCUGGACACCAACGCUGGACACCGGCAGUGGCACGCUGGUGGUGCCCCGCCUGAGGAUCGACGCCGAGACCGGUCGGAUCCUGCGCAACUUGGUGGCGCUAGAGCAGCACAACCCCGUUGUCGGGAGCCACGUCACGGCGUACUGUGUCUUGAUGUCCCAGAUGGCGUGCACCGCCAGUGA